AUGAAUAUCAAAACUGAUCAUAACGUACCUGAAGUUUGUAUGGAUGCAUGGGCUGAGUUGUUUAAAGAGUAUUUGCCUGAAGAUAAUCAGUGUGCUGAAUCUUAUUAUGAGAUUCAGAAACUGGUUCAUAGCUUUGGUUUACCUUCGGAGAUGAUUGAUGUGUGUAUAGACAACUGUAUGAUAUACUGGGAAGAAAAUGCAGAAUUGUUAGAGUGUAAAUUUUGCAAGAAUCGAUGUAAACCGCAAGGACGUGGGCGGAAUAGGGUGCCGUACCAGCGGAUGUGGUACUUACCUAUCAAGGAUAGACUGAAGAGAUUAUAUCAAUCUGAAAAGAUGGCAGCAGCGAUGAGAUGGCAUGCAGAACAUACUCAGAAGGAAGGCGAAAUCAAUCAUCCCUCUGAUGCAAAAGCGUGGAAACACUUGAAUUCGGUGUACCCUGAUUUUGCAAGCAACCCCCGCAAUGUUUAUCUUGGGCUCUGCACAGAUGGCUUUAGUCCAUUUGGAAUGUCUGGAAGACAAUAUUCGCUUUGGCCAGUUUUCUUAACGCCAUACAACCUUCCACCAGAGAUGUGUAUGGGAAAGGAAUUGCUUUUCAUGAGUAUAUUGAUACCUGGCCCAAAGCAUCCGAAGAGGUCCCUUGAUGUUUUUCUACAGCCUUUGAUAGAAGAAUUGAAGGAAUUAUGGUCAACAGGCGUGCAGACAUAUGAUUGUUCAACAAGAACAAACUUUACAAUGCGAGCAGUUGUUUUGUGGACCAUUAGUGACUUUCCUGCAUACGGGAUGUUGUCAGGUUGGAUGACGCAUGGAAGGCUAUCUUGUCCUUAUCGUAUGGGAAGCACAGACGCAUUUCAGCUGAAAAAUGGUAGGAAGACGUCCUGGUUUGAUUGUCAUCGGAGAUUUCUUCCCAUUAAUCAUUCGUACCGAAGGAACAAGAAAUUGUUUCAGUCAAAAAGGGUUGUACGAGACACUGCUCCGCCAUAUUUAUCUGGAGAGGAAAUCGAGAAGGAUAUUGAUUACUAUGGUGCACAAGACACAGUCAAGAAAGGGGGUAAUUGGCAUACUACUGCAAAUAUAUCUGCUGGUUACGAGACACAGCAUAAUUGGCACAAGAAGAGGAAGACAAAAGAUAACAAGAACUCAAGGUUGCAUUUGCCUGCAUUAUGUUCUAGGAUUGAGCUGCAUAUUAGAAACGAUGGGAAAAUUCUGGUUCCCAUUUUCAGAUUGUCAGCAGAAGCAAAAGCAGUGUUGUUCAAGUGGGUGGCAUCAGAUGUGAAGUUUUCUGAUGAAUAUGUUUCAAAUCUAUCAAGAUGUGUUGAUCAGCAGGGACAAAAGUUUUCAGGGAUGAAGAGCCAUGACUGUCAUGUGUUUAUGCAAUGA